AUGGAGCCUUCCAACUAUAUACGCGCAGCGAAAGUCAUCGGUGUCACUGGAGCAGCAUGGCUAGGUGGCAACAUUGCUGCUUUGUCUCUGAUAGCUGUGCCAGCUCUGCGCCGCUCAGGCGUUGAGGCUGGUGUGCCAUCAAGCAUCCUCGCGAAACAGUGGCGGUUUCUCUACGACACCGGAAAAGCCCAGAACCCGCCCAUCGCGACCGUCACCGCCGCAGCGUAUCUCUAUCUUGCGUGGUCCGCCCGUCGGAUCGCGCCACUGGGUCAACUACCGCUUUACUACGGCUCGGCAGCGGUAUUGACUCUGGGGAUUGUGCCAUUCACCCUCAUCGCGAUGCACUCGACGAACAACAGGUUAAUGCAACAUUCGGAACAAGCGGCGUCAAAAAGCGUCAGUACGCCGCUGCAACCGGCCAGUGACGACGAGGUAGACGGCCUCAUUGCGAAGUGGAUCAUUCUGAACGGAGUAAGAAGUCUUUUUCCGUUGGCAGGAGGGAUUCUGGGCAUCAUUGCCAUACUGGGUUGA